AUGGAUAUCAAUCAACCAGGCUCACGAUCUAAUAUGAGAACUUCACCUCAAUCUCAACGUCAACAACAUCCUCAACAUAUUCAAAUCAACACAACUUCAAGUUUAACUCCAAGUAAACCAUCAAUCUCAUCUCCCAACAGAAUCACCAACUUGAACACUCUACUUUCAAAUCAAUCUAAUCUUCAUACUACUGAACUUCAUCAUUAUCAACCUGUCGAUCAUCAGUCUCAUCAUCAUCAACUCAGUAAUGCUAAUAUCAAACCUGCUUCAGCCCUCUCUCCAGCUAAAUCAUAUCAUCAUUCUACAUUCGAUCCAUUAUCACUAUCAUUAUCAUCACCAACUAAAACAACCACUACUAGCUUCGAUCAAUCACCUCCUGGUAUCUCAUUUCCUUAUCGUAUUACACCGUCAACAACAACAUUCCCAUUCCAUCUACCUCCAAUCUCACCUACAUCAGAUUUCCAUCACUUAAGCUCAAGUACGAUCGAUUUUGAACAUUUAAAUGCACCUCCACUCUCAAGAUCAUCCUCUCAUGCAUUCUCUCAUCAAUCUGACCCUGCAAUCACUUCAAAUUUGACUCCCAGCCCUACUACACCGUCACCAAUCCCACCACCACCAAUCAGAUCAUUCUUCUCAAAUUCACCAUUACCAGCAUUCUCAAUUCCAGCUCAAGCAUUACAUUUAGCUCUCUGUCGAAGAAACUUUGUUGGAAAAUUCGAAGAUCCAGAAGAAAAAGGUCCAAUUCCGCAUGGACAUCAACCUUCAUCAUUUGUCAAUGAAAAUGAUGAUCCAGCUUUCACUGCAUCCCAUAAAACCACUAGAACUGCUUCGGAUUUGACUUUCCCUCAUAUCACAGGUGAGGAUGCAGAUGCAGGUCGAGAUCGUACUUUGGGCGAUCUUUUGAAAACUACUUGGUCAAAUUUUGCAGCCGAGGAAUUAGCUUGUAAGGUAUUACAUUAUGAUCUCAAAUCAAGUCAGAGAGAUAAAGACGGAAGCCUUUGUUGGGAUUUAAUUAGAGUCCUAUCAUAUCAAGACCUGAGGAGAUGGUUAAAUUGGGUCAAAGAAUUAUUUAAUAGUGAUCAUGACGACAAUCAUGAAAAUCGUAGUGACAUGAAUCAUAACCUUCCAAUUUAUGAGUUCAGGACCAAACUUCGUCCUAGUCUUCAUUCUAGAUUCAAGAAUAAUAUAAGAAAGAAGGAAAACGAUAAUGAUGAGUCCACACUUGGUGGUGAUUCGAGUGCAGAUGCCGAAGUGAUCAUGAUACCUACGAUCAUCAAAUGCGAUUCAAGCAAUCAAGACAUUGAAGUUGAACAAACUUCAACACCGUCCAGAAAGUAUUUUCAGAAACUCCAUAGAUAUUCACCUCAUCAUCUCAUUUUAUUUACGGUGACCGUCAUACAGGCACCCUCACCACUCCCUCUCAAAUCGUUCAGUCCAUUUCCUUGGAAUACUCCCGUGCCUCAGGUUACCUUUCUAAAUCCUCCAACACCAACUAAGCGAAUUAAAACCAACACCACAAAUGAGCAUCCACCUACCUUGCAUCUAGAAGCUAGUUUGCCGUUAUUAGAUCCUCUGAGCCAAGCAGCAUCUCAACAACCCUUAUCCUCACAGCAAGCAUGGUUAGGCGAAUCUGAAGCCAGAAGAGUAGUUUCUAGAUCGAACAAAAGACGAAAAUCAAUUUCCAAUGAACUCAAGCCAGAGCUAAUCGAAAUUGAGCAUGGUAGUAGUAGCACUGGUAGUGUUGCGACUAUUAAAGACAAUUUUCCAUCAAUAAUGAUUGAUGAUGAGAAGUCGACUGCCGAGGAAACGAAUCAAUCAAUUCCAAUGGAACUAGAUCCACUUCGUGAUACUUUUCUUGAUUCGUUGAAAAGGACCAAUAUGGGAAGAGCUAUCUUGGCCAGAAAAUGGGAAGAUACGCCGAUUGGUCCUAUCCAAGAUUGGUCUCCUACGCUUCGAUCUAUGGUAGGAUUGAUCCUAAGUGCUCCAUAUCGAAUGAGUUUGUUAUGGGGCGAAGAGCUAUGGGCCGAUCUAGGAGAGGUGGCAGAUUCGGUCUUAAAUGGAGAGGUCUACACAGUCUAUGAUAGUCUGCUAUUUUUUGACCGAGAUCCUGAAAAUCCCGCGAGCGUGCGAAAAGAAGAAUGUUAUCACUCUUUCAGCUGGAUCCCAGUCCGUGGACCAACUGGUCAAGUGGAAGGUAUCCUAAACCCUUCUUUCGAGACCACCUCACGAGUUGUAGCAGAAAGAAGAUUAGGCACGUUGAGAGACUUGGUUCAGAUCACUUUGGUAUCAAGGAACAGGAUCUCAUAUAAAGAAGGUUGUUUGGAAAGCAUCUCUAAGAAUCCUUACGAUUUACCCUUUGCCAUUAUGUAUACCUGUGAAACCAAGAAAUCGCCACGCAAAGCUUCUGUACUAGGAACAGGGGAAGACGCGGAGUCGACGACCCUCCUACAAUUGACGUUGGAUGGAACCGUCUCAGUCCCAUCCGGACAUCCCUCAGCACCAAACACGAUAGAGAUCAGUAUACAAUCAACGUCUGCCACAGCACCAUCUUGUAGUGGAACAAGUUCUUCGACUAACUCUACAGUGGUCUUCAAUGAAGAUAAACAUUUGACUUGGCCCUUACAAGAAGCGUGUACGCUCAGAAGGCCAAUCUAUAUUUCUGAUCUUGGUGAUCGUGCGUUGGGAUUUGAGAAAAGAGGUUGGAAUGAUGAACCUAGAUCAGCUGUUGUUAUGCCUAUCAGUACGAGCGAAGAUGCUGCUCCUUUGGCCGUGAUCGUGUUCGGUCUCUCUCCUAGACUCUAUUGGACUGAAGCCUAUGCUUUGUUCAUCAAUUUGCUUACGAGACAACUGUCCACUGGACUUUCAACUGUCAUCGGACACGAAGAAGAGGCUCAAAGACUCGAAGAUCUGGCAUCUCUGGAUCGAGCCAAGACAGCAUUCUUUACAAAUAUCUCACAUGAGUUGAGGACACCAUUGACAUUGAUUGUGGGACCGAUUUCGGAUAUAUUGAGUUCACCGCAUGAUAUCAGUAUUGCAGCACGCGAUCGAUUAAAGGUUGUUGAAAGGAAUACUCAAAGAUUGAUCAACCAAGUUAAUCAGUUAUUAGAUCUUUCAAGAUUUGAAGCUGGGAAGAUGGGUGCACGGUUUAGAAAUACCGAUCUAUCUAAACUGACAGCUGAUUUAGCUUCGUUGUUCAGAAGCGCGAUGGCGAAGAAUCAAUUGCAACUGAUUGUUGACUGUCCGGUCUCAAAAUUCACGGGUAAAGGUGGAAAAGUGAUUGUACGGAUUAGAUUUGAUUUUUCGAAAUGUUAUUUAUCAGUUAGUGAUACGGGAGUAGGAAUCAAAAGCGACCAACUCCCAAAGAUAUUUGAUCGAUUUCAUCGAGUUGAAGAUUCUGCUCAACAGGCCGAAGGGACCGGUAUUGGAUUGGCAUUGGUUCAAGAUAUUAUCAAGCUACAUCGCGGGAAAUUAGAAGUCGAGAGCGAAGUCGGACGUGGUUCGACCUUUACUGCUACUCUCUUACUCGGCAUAUCUCAUCUACCGUCCGAUUUAUUGGAUUAUUCACCCGAGACUGAAUUAGAAAAGAUAAAUGAUCGAGUAGUGGCUUCUAAUGCAAGAAGAUGGAUGUUAGGAGACAUUGAACCUAUCUCAUCCUCACUGAUGACUGUAUCUCCAGCUUGCUCAGAUACGUCUGGUUCAAGAUGCUCGUCGGAUUCAAUGGGAGGAAUGAAUGGCGAAAGUGAUCUGAUGUCGACUUCCGGUUCGACGAUCUUGAUUGCGGAUGAUAAUGAUGACAUGAGAUCAUUUGUCAGGAGUGUUUUAAGUCGAUACUACACCGUAGCAGAAGCCUCGGAUGGAUUAGAAGCUUAUCAUUGGGCUAAGGCUCAUCAUCCUGAUCUAGUCGUUUCAGAUGUGAUGAUGCCGGCCUUGAAUGGAUUCGAAUUGUUAAAACGAUUGAAGACAGAUCCGGAUACAGCAGGGAUCUCGGUGAUCUUACUUUCGGCUCAUGCAGGAUCAGAGAUUCGAAUUGAAGGAUUGGCAGAAGGAGCGGAUGAUUAUUUAGUUAAACCGUUUGAAGCGAAAGAAUUAGUAGCCAGGAUUAAUACCCAUUUACAAUUAUCGAAGAUGAGACAAAGAUUAGAGAAUGCGGUGACGAGUCGAACGAAAUUGUUAAGAGAGAAUGAAGCAAGAUUUAAAGAUUUAUAUCAUACCUUUGAAGCGAUUUCAAUGUUAAGUCCAGUAGGCAUUAUUCAAUGGGAUAUUGAAGGAAGAGUGACCUUUGCAAAUAAUGCAUUCAGAUCACAAUGUAAAUUGAUUCCAUCAGAUCAUUCAGGAGAAAAUUUAGAAGAAUGGAUAGAACAAAUUUGUUUAGAUGAUAGGGAUAGGAUGCGAAACGAAUUUGAAAUUAAUUUUAAAGCACAAAUGACUACCAAAGGAGAAUUUAGAUGGAAAGAUGGAUCUUGGUGUUUAUAUGAACUUUCACCAUUUUAUGAUGAAUCGAAAGUGUUUGCUGGUUGUUUAGGUUCGACGACUGAUGUGACGGCUCGUAAGGAAUCGGAACGUAAACAGCUAGAAGCUGCUGAAGCUAGAGCUCGUGAUGCUGAAGAAAGUAAAAGACAACAAGAAGCUUUUAUUGAUAUGACAUCUCAUGAGAUAAGAAACCCAUUACAUGGAAUUCAUCAAGCUGCUGAAUUACUUCAUACUUCAAUCAGAUCAAUAUACGAUAAUCUAGUACAUGAAGAUGAUGAUGACGAUCAAGAUGAUGAUCAAGAAAGAACUUUAUCUAAAUCUGAAUUAAAAUGGUUUAAGCAAGAGUUAGAAGAAGAUAUCGAUGCAGUGGAGAGUAUCCAGCUUUGUGCUUCUCAUCAGUUGAGUUAUCAAAUCGCCUACGUUUCUGUUUUUUCUGAUGAAAGGUCAAGGAUUGCGGAUGAUAUCAUCAAUGUAUCGAAACUUAGCAUGGGUUUGCUUACCACCAUCAAGACUGAAUUCAACUUACUGGAAAGAGUUUGCGAAGUCUUAUCAAUGUACCUCAUUGAAGCUCAAUCCAAAAAUGUCAAGUUAGACAUUCAAGUAGGAGAAGGUUUAGAGAAACCAGCUUACAUCAUAGCUGAUCCAAAUCGAUUAGCUCAAGUGACGAUCAACUUUCUUUCGAAUGCAUUACGAUAUACAUCCACUAGUGAAGGUAGAAGAGUAGUAACGAUUCAUGUUGAACUUUUUACAAGUUGUCCAGAACUUGAUCCAGAAGCCAGAAGAAUUGGAACAUUAAAACCCGAAUUAGCAGAUGAAGCAGGAACCCAGAAUUUAGUGUACGCUAAAGUAGGAGUUAGAGAUACAGCCAGAGGUUUAAGUCAAGACGAAUUAGCUAAAUUAUUUGCAAGGUUUGCUCAAGUGAAUCCAACACAAGAUCAAUAUGGUGGUUCAGGAUUAGGUCUUUAUGUAUCACGUUGUUUGAUUGAAAAUCAUGGUGGAUUUAUUGAAGUUGUUUCUACUAAAGGUCAAGGUUCAGUGUUUUCAUUUGUGAUUCCAGCCAAACGAGGAUCAGGUCCGAAAAAAAACCCGACAGUGGAUAGUCCUGGUGGUGGUGGUGCAUCCUCAAGAUUGAGAGGAGUGGCUAAGAGGUUAGGGAUGCAAAACGGUUUAGAGAAAGACGCAGAGAUACGUUCAGCUGCUUCAUUGAUGUCAGUCGGCUCAAUGCCCUUAACAAAGAAACGAUUACCAAGCCCAGACGCAGGACGAAUGGGAAGUGGAACGGAAGACAAUAAUGGUGAAAGUUUAAGACCACCUAGUUUAAGAAGACAAACGAGUGUUCAAAUCGUUCAAUCUUCAACAAGUACGGAUCCUAUCAAACUAGCUACACAUGUUCUUGUUGUUGAAGAUAAUUUAAUCAAUGUUAAGGUGAUCAAACGUCAAUUAAGUUUGAAAGGUUAUUCUGUUUCGGUUGCCAUGGAUGGUAGACAAGGAUUAGAUAUUUUAUAUGAAGAUGAUCAACAUCCAUCUGAAUUAGGUAGGAUUGGAAUCGUCUUGAUGGAUAUUCAAAUGCCUGUCAUGAAUGGAUUAGACGCUAUCACUGAACUUAGGGCUUCUGAAAAGACAGGGAAAGUUAAACAAAGGUAUCCUGUAAUUGCAGUAACUGGGAAUGCAAGGAAAGAACAAACUGAACAGUUUCUUGCAAGUGGAUUUGAUGACAUUUGUGUGAAACCUUAUAAGAUUGAAGAUGUUCAAAACCGAAUGGAAGCUUUAUUAUUGAAAGGAUCGUAAAGAAGAAGAAGAAGAAGAAAUCAAACAAGAUCAACUACAACAAUUCAGUUUGAUUAUCAACAUAAUU